AUGGAUGCUCCGGGUGGCAAACUCGACACCGAUGGUGGACUUAGACUCGAGGUUGAACUCAUUGUGCAUGAACCUGGACAACAAAUCGGAUUUGCCGAUACCGGCAUGGCCGAUCAAGAUGACCUUGAAGUGAUGUCCACGCAAAAGACACUUGAUAAGUGGUUUACAAAAAGAAAAACUCUUGAAAACUCCGAAUCUAGUGCUGCCUUACCACAGUCUGAUGUUGAGACUCAAGAGCCUGAAAAUCGUGCUAAAUUUUCAAGAACUGAAAUCAACGAAAUUGAUAUUGAUUCACUAGAACGUGAUCCGGGAAAAUAUCCGCAAAUAUGGGAAUAUCAUCCUAAUUUGCAAGAUGAAGUCCGACGUGCUUAUAUUAAACUUGGUCCAUAUCAGCCUUUACUUUCAACAUAUCCUCAAAAAGGAAAGCGAAAUCGUAGCUUUCAAUCUUCGUGGUAUCCGCUAUUUUCUUCAUGGUUAGAAUAUUCUCCGAAUGAAGAUAAAGCUUUUUGUCUACCAUGUUUUCUUUUUAAUAAGCCCACUGGCCAUCCUGGCCACAAAGCUUUCACUAUUGAGGGAUUUCAAAGUUGGAAAAAAGUAAGAGACGGUAAGGGUUGUGCUUUUCUGAGUAAUAUGGGUAAAGAUUCUAACUCUUUUCACAAGAAUGCUACAACCGUCUAUGAGUCAAAACUUCAAUUGAACCAGUUCGAUGGCUUGCAUUUCAAGGUUGUGCUUUUAGAGGUCAUGAUGAAAGCCAUGAUUCAAUCAAUCCUGAAUGCUCCAAGAAAUGCUUCUUACACAUCCCCAAAGAUUCAAAAACAAAUGUUGCAAGCAUUUUCAGUACGAAUAAAAAAGGUCAUUCGGGAAGAAAUUAAUUAUUCAAAAUUUUGCAUAAUUGUUGAUGAAGCUCGUGAUGAGUCAAAGAAGGAGCAAAUGGCUGUAGUAUUGAGAUUUGUUGACAAAGAUGGUUUUAUUCGGGAGCGCUUCUUUGGGCUUGUUCAUGUCUCAGACACAAAGGCACUGACAUUGCAAAAGGGAAUAUAUUCAGUGUUAUCUAAUCAUAAUUUAGAUAUCCAAAAUAUCCGAGGCCAAGGAUACGAUGGUGCAAGUAAUAUGCGAGGUGAGUGGAAUAGGCUACAAGCUUUGGUUUUGAAGGAUUGUCCGUAUGCUUACCAUGUUCAUUGUUUAGCACAUAGAUUGCAAUUGGCUUUAGUAGCAGCAUCGAGAGAAGUUAUUCCUAUUCAAAAGUUUUUUACUAAAUUGACUUUUAUUGUCAAUAUUCUUGGUGCUUCAUGCAAGCGUAAUGAUGAAUUUCAAAGUGCUCAAGCAGAAGAGAUUGCAUAUUUGACUUCAAUUGAUGAACUCGAGACUGGAAGAGGACUUAACCAAAUUGGAACCUUGCAGCGUGCUGGAGAUACUCGUUGGAGUUCGUACUUCAGAUCUAUUUCUAGUUUGAGACAAAGGUUUAGCCCAACUUGUCAGGUUCUUAUGAACAUAAUUAAGGAAGGGAAGAGUCCUCAAGCAGGAGAUGCAGAUUCUGCUUAUGAAUCAAUGACAUCGUAUCAAUUUGUCUUCAUCUUACAUCUCAUGGUAAUUAUGGAGAAUACUAAUGAACUUUGUCUAGCUCUGCAAAGUCAAUCUCAAGACAUUUUGAAUGCCAUGAAUCUUGUUUCCUCUACUAAAGCAUUCAUUCAAAAGUUGAGAGAUGAUGGAUGGGAUACUUUAUUUGCCAAGGUAAUUUCUUUUUGUGAGGCACGUAACAUAGAUAUCCUAGAUAUGAAUGCUUGUUAUGUUGGAAGAAGAGGUCGAGCUCGUCACCAACAAAAUGACUGGACAGUUCAGCAUUAUUACAAGGUAGAUAUAUUUUAUGCUGCCAUAGAUUCUCAAUUGCAAGAAUUGAAUAAUCGGUUUAAUGAGCAUGCUGUAGAGCUACUUAUUCUUAGUUCAACUUUCGAUCCUAGAGAAAUCAAUAAGUGUUUCAAGAUUGAUGAUUGGUUAGUAAGAACUAGAAGAUCAACAAGGUAUCCACUUGUUUAUAGAGUGAUUGUGCUUGUGCUUACUCUUCCAGUGUCUACAGCAACUACAGAGCGAUCAUUUUCUGCUAUGCGUAUUGUCAAAACAAGGCUUCGUAACCGAAUGGAGAAUGACUUUCUUACAGACUCGUGA